AUGGAUGAUGAAUACGUACAGAAAUUGAAAUGUAUAUUUUUACUUGCGGGACAAGAGAUUAAAAGACGGCGUACAGCCGCAACAGCUGCUGUGAUAUAUUAUGUGGGAAGCACUAAAAAACAGCAAUAUGCAAAUAAAAAAUAUUGGGUAGCGCCCAUUUUUCAAAAUCGAACAAAAAAAAGUUUUUACUUCGCAUCAAUUCCACAAUUGAAAUUGGAAGAUUUUCGUUUCCGCAAUUAUUUUCGAAUGAAUAAAACUCAGUUCGAGGAAUUGUUACAAAUUGUUGGUGCAAAAUUUCAGAAGCAAAAUGUUGUCCGGGAAUCAAUUUCUCCAGCCGAACGCUUGGCAAUGACAUUGAGAUAUUUAGCAUCUGGUGAUUCCAUGACGUCGAUAUCAUAUCAAUAUCUUGUGGGAAUAACAACGGUUACUAACAUUAUUAAAGAAACAUGUGCAGUAAUUUGGGACAGUUUGUGUCCUUCUGUUCUACCUGGCCGAUUACAAGAAAAAGAUUGGAUAGCUAUAGCCAACGGAUUCAAGAAAUGGAAUUUUUCACACUGCAUUGGAGCUAUCGAUGGCAAGCACAUUGUCAUCCAACACAAGAUCUAA